CAGUCCUUAUCAAUGGGCCGGGCCAGUUAGAGCGCGGCGGCAGGCUUGGGAGCCUCGCCAUGGCCCCUCUGCGCCAGGCUGCCGGGCACUGCUGGACACGCUGAUCUCCGGAGCCCGCCCUGCGCGCAGGCGGUCACCAUGCGCCCGCUCCUGCUGCAGGUGCCUUGGCUGCUGCUGCCAGGGCUGCUACUCCCCUGCAUCCCGCACACCGCGGGUUCCCCUCCUCGGCUGUGCGACGUGCUGCGGAUGCUGCGGGAGGAGCGGGAGCAUUGUCUGCAGGGGCUCGCCGCCGGGGAGCAGGUGCUGGAAAACGCUGGCACCAAGCAGCCAGGCCCAGGCUGCCAGGGGCUGUGGGACAACAUGAGCUGCUGGCCCUCCUCUGUGCCGGGACAGAUUGUGGAAGUGGAGUGCCCGAAAUUCCUCCAGAUCCUCACGGGCAGAAACGGUUCCAUGUUUCGAAACUGCACGCCAGGUGGCUGGUCGGAAACCUUCCCACGGCCUGACCUGGCCUGUGGGGUGAAUGUGAAUGACUCUUCCAAUGAGAAGCGGCACGAGUACCUGCUGAAACUGAAAGUCAUGUACACCGUGGGCUACAGCUCCUCUCUGGUGAUGCUGCUGGUCGCCCUUGGCAUCCUCUGCGCUUUCCGGAGGCUCCACUGUGCCCGCAACUACAUCCACAUGCACCUGUUUGUGUCCUUCAUCCUGCGUGCCCUGUCCAACUUCAUCAAGGACACCGUGCUCUUCUCCUCGGACGAUGCUGCCUACUGCGACACUCACAAGGUGGGCUGUAAGCUGGUGAUGGUCUUCUUCCAAUACUGCAUCAUGGCCAACUACGCCUGGCUGCUGGUGGAAGGCCUCUACCUUCACACACUCCUCGUCGUCUCCUUCUUCUCAGAAAGGAAGUGCCUCCAGGGAUUUAUUGCUCUUGGAUGGGGUUCCCCAGCCAUUUUCGUUGUCUCAUGGGCCAUCAGUAGAUACUUUCUGGAAGAUCUCGGGUGCUGGGACAUCAACAGCAAUGAGUCCAUCUGGUGGGUGAUUCGAGGGCCUGUGAUCCUUUCCAUUCUGAUUAAUUUCAUCCUUUUUAUAAAUAUUCUCAGAAUCCUGAUGAGAAAACUUAAAACUCAAGACACCGGAGGAAAUGAAAUGAACCACUAUAAGCGACUGGCCAAGUCCACCCUCUUGCUGAUCCCCCUCUUUGGAGUGCACUACAUGGUCUUCGCCUUUUCCCCGGAGGAUGCCAUGGAGAUCCAGCUGUUUUUUGAACUGGCUCUAGGCUCAUUCCAGGGCCUGGUGGUGGCUGUCCUCUACUGCUUCCUCAACGGGGAGGUACAGCUGGAGGUUCAGAAGAAGUGGCGACAAUGGCACCUCCGUGAGUUCCCGCUGCGCCCCGUGGCCCUCAGCUCCUCCGUCAGCAAUGGCACCAGCGGUCUCACCCACAGCACCAAGGCCAGCCCCUCAGAGCAGAGCCGGGGCCUCUGCAGGGCCAGCGUCAUCUGACACUGGAGCAGGGCUCCCACAGACAGGCCACCAUGGGCCCCAGAGGGCUGGGCACUGCUUCAGACACUGUCCCCCAUCCCGCAGGCAUCAUUACUUCCUCCUGUAAUAACACUUCCUCUAAGCCUUGGGUCAUCUCCCAGAAGUGAAUUUGGGGGAUCAUGGGGGUAUGAAGGGGGUCUGGGGUUCUGGAUCUGUUGCAUUCUUUGGGGGAAAAGUGUUUCCCAAAGGGGUAGGGAAGCAGAUGGCAGCUGAGAUGAGACUUGAUCCAUAUGUUACUCGAGGUUCUUGAGACACAGGUGAGGUAGGGCUCUCUGGUUCACUUCCUGGAGGAGGGGGCCUCUUUGAUCUCUACUCCAGUUUUCAGGGACAGGUGUAAAUAGAAGCCCAGGAGCCAUGAGAAAAUUGAGGUUUUAGGGGGCUGGGCAGUGACACAGCCAGUUAAGUGCACUUAAUAUGAAGUGCACGGACCUGAGCAAGAAUCUGGGUUCGAGCCCCCGUUCCCCACCUGUAGGGGGAAAAGCUUCAUGAGAGGUGAAGCAGGUCUGCAGGUAUCUCUCUUUCUCUCUCCCUAUCUCCACCCCCCCUCAAUUUCUCUGUGUCCUAUCUAAUAAAAAUGGAAAAGAUGGCUU